CAGACACACACAGACACAGACACACAGUAGUUGGAAGUAGUGGGCAUGUGCACAAGAACACACAAGGAAAAAACGUUGACAGCAGGAGAAACAGGAAAGACAUAUGAACAAGACACAGUGGCAUCAGACAAACGAUCACAGAAAAACAACGUAGGGCUACAUGGACAACGUGGCGAUGAACAGCAGUAAGAAACAGGAUGAUCUACAGUACGUCAAGUUUUUUUUAGCAGAGGCACAGCUAGACACAGCAGAGGGCAGUUUUUUCACCUCACGGUAACAGCCUGUCUGUCUAGUUUUUCACUGGCCAGAAUGGGAAGUGAGAUAAAGACAAACAACAGAAACAGAAAGUGUCUGGGUCCAGUGGAUGUGAGGCUCGUACCUGUCCAGCGUAGAGAAUACGUAACAAACAUCUACAGAGUAUGUGACAAGCACCCAACACAGGAUCUCACAUUCAGUUUUAAAGACUCAUCUCGCCCCUCGCUGGACUAUAGAAGCAACUUUUAACUCCUGACUGGCUGUGAUAUCCCACCAUGCCACUGAUCGUGUUUCCCACUUCCCAGCUGCUAUGGGUGCGUGUAGCUGCCCUGUUAUUCAGCUGCGUGGCUUUCAGUGUCGCAGCACAUGGAGCUUCACUGCUCCAGGGAGGCAUGGCUGACUGGUGCAUCUUCUGCUGGGCGUUCAGUUUUGCCUGCACCCUGCUGGUCCUGCUGGUGGAGCAGUUUUCCCUCCAGGCCCGAGCGCCAGUGUCCUGGUCCAAUUUCCCCAUCACCGUCGCCUGCUACGCCGCCCUCCUUUGCCUCUCUGCCUCUGUCAUCUUCCCCAUCUAUUUCAUCAAGGACCAGCGGAUGCAAAGCGAGGCUCGUGACCAUCGCAUUGUCUCCACCGUCUUCUCCUGCCUGGCGGCGGUGGCCUACAUGGGGGAGGUGAGCCUGUCUAAAGCGAGGCCAGGAGAGGUGGCAGGUUACAUGGCUACGGCUCCGGGCUUGUUGAAGGUGUGCCAGACCUUCUUGGCCUGUGUUAUCUUCAUCCUGGUCAGCGACCCUGUGUCGUAUGAUCAUCAUGCGGCACUCAAGUGGUGCAUGGCCGUGUACUGCAUCUGCUUCAUCCUCUCCAUGGCUGUGGUAGUGCUUUGUGUGGGAGAGUGCACCGGCUGUCUCCCCAUCCCGUUCUCCAAGUUCCUGUCGGCGUACGGGCUCCUGGCGGUUAUCAUGUACUUGACCGCUACCAUCAUCUGGCCUGUGUUCCAAUUUGACAAACAGUACCAGCAUAGAGGCCAAUAUUCGUCAAAACUGAUCACUGUGGCCGUGCUCACUGCCGUCAACUUCCUGCUUUACCUUGCUGACCUGGCCUACACUGCCAGGCUAGUGUUCGUCAGCGUCUGAGAGUAAGAAAUGAAGGGGGGAGACACACACACACACACACACACACACACACAACCGCAGCGAUGAAGAGCAGAAAUAAAGGGGCCUUAGUAGCAUUGCAGAUAAGUGUAGCUGCUGUUGAAUUCCUGGCAAAAAAGACAUGGCUCUAACCUUUUGCUGCGUAAUUGUAAAACGCUGUAAUUAAAUGUCCUGUUGAUACAAGGAAAGCCCAAUAAAUCACAAGCUCACUGAUAUUAUGUGUGUAUGUACGUUGGCACAGUAUAUGUUUGUAUAUUACCAGAUAUCUACAACGACAGUAUUUAACCUCUAAUGUGACAUUUGUUAAGUGUGCAAGACAAGUAUAAGGUGAAAGAUCUGAAUGUUUUGUUUUACAUGAUGGUGUGACGCAAUUAAAACAAGAGGAUGUCUGGGUCAAGGUCAACCACACUGGACAACACAGAGGCAAAACAAUAUUGCAAGGGGAAAGUUUUUUUGUUUUUGUUUUUAUUUGUUUUUUUUAAAUGGUUUAUCUAUUUUUUAUUGAAAAGACAUGUAUUCAUCUGAGACACACAGGCAUUUCUUUGGUUUCUGAUGUGGAAGCUUCUUGUGCAAUACGCAACCUAACAGAAAGAUUUGUUCAACAUCCUUCAUAUUGUCUUUUUUUAUUAAGCUUUUGGAUAAAAGCCCUUCAAAAGUGUCAGUAUUGAAACAUUUGAGAGACUGUAAUUUAAGCAAAUUAAGCCUUUAGUUAAACCAAUAAAUAUUUUGUGUUAAAUGGCAAAUGUGAUUCAGACACCCGCUUUGUGUUUCUAAUUACUGACAUUGUGGACCAAUGAAUGACUAAAGGUUGCCUCCUAUCCAUCAAAAGAAAAAACAUACACUAAUUGGAAACAUGCAGACAUUUUUGGACCCUCUAAAUACCCGCUACAAUUAACAGGGACAAAUCAUAAACUAAAUUACCCUGAGAAUAUUGCCCUCAACCAUAGAAUACCUUUCUAUCAGUGUUAUUGUUUGAAGAAACUUUGUAAAGGGUAACUUUAAAUGUUAAAACAGAGAAUAUGGCUAAAUUGAAUUAUGUUUUCCUGGGAAUAUUACAGUAUAAUAAAAAAUACAAAAGCUAACAGCAGUCAUUCUAAAAAUGAAGGACAGAGGCAAUAUUUUUAUUAUCAAACUAUGAGCUGAAUACAUUUAUCAAUAGAUAAGUUAUAAAAAAAAAACAGCAGGUUAAAAGAUGUUCAUUCUAGUUUCUUACAUGACAGGAAACCUUUUGUCUGUGUUUUAGACCUGAGUAAUACGAUGGAUGGCUUGUGCCUGACUGUAGUCAAAACUUUGAACCGAGGCCUACAUAAUUCACGUGUCGGAAAUCACGUAGAUGCUUUUGUGUCUCGUUCUGGGAAGCUUAAAGAAAACAGGACGGUCUUGUCGUUCAGACUGACUGUCGGUCUGCAGUUAUUCCUUCUUUGACAACAUGGAUGGUGAGUUAAUUUUUUUUCUCGUCUUUUCGUCACUGUCAGGACUUGGACCUACAUAGUACAUAAUGCAAAUUUCCACACGCAGAACUUUGAAUUACAGACUAAAACUGAAGGUCCCGAUUGUGAAUAUAACUGUAACACUUAAGAUGAUGCUAUACACUUCUGUACUUUUCUGUUUGUGGUGAUGUUCUCAAAUCUCUGCUCAGAGUGGCUAUAAUGAAAACCUUGUGGCCAGAGCCCGGAAAUUAAUAGGCUAGACAAAGACUAUUAGAUUAGACAGUAUAAAGUUAUGCUUAUGUGUGAACAUAGAAAUUUCAAAAAUGUGUGAAAGGGAUUUAAAGCAGACAUCAGGAAAAGAUUAAGUCAUAAUUUUGAUCCAACACUUCAGGAACGUGCAUCUUCUGCUUCAAGUUUUUUUUAUUUUAUUGAAAGAGAAACAUCAGAGUCUGGGCUGUAAAUCUUACAAAGGGCACCUGAAAAAAAUAACUAAAGAAAUAUAUGGCAAAUUUAAUAUGGUAAAUGUGGGGCACUGGGCGUCGUGCAAGAAAACUUUCAUAUUCUUAUCCAAAAAUUCCCUUACUUUCUUUUUCCAUGAGGCUUUUUCGUACGAGGGUUCCAAGUCAGAUUCACCAAACUCUCUUAACUGCACAACAGGCUGAUGAAUACCACAUGUUCAUGAGGUGCACUUUUGUCAGAUUUUAUAGCAUGAUCAGCGCCCCUAAGGUUGCCAACACGUAGCCUAUAAGUCUGCCUGUUCCGCUUUGUGGAAAAAGUUGAAGUCCCAAAAAGGACAUACAUACAAGUGUGUGACAUCUGCAAACGAAAACACAACACAUGUGGCAGAGUCAGCAGUCAUAUUAGAGGACCUAAAACAAUUAGACAAAUGUUAUCUGUCAAUGAUGUUUCAUCAGAGCAGUACUGUACAGUGACAGAAAUAAAGAGGGAGGGGGGUAGGCUACAUGAAGUUGCUAAAGACGUCCAUCUAAAGCAAAGCAUUUUUAUGACUCUAUGUAAGGCAGUCGAGGGGAUAUGGUGAACAAAACAUUAGUCCAAGUUUGUGUUACUCAGUGUUUUCUAAAU